AUGUCGAGGAAGGGGUGUGAGGAGAACAAGUGGGCACAGAGGGAUCAGAGGUUUGGAGCCGAGAGUAAGGCGAUGAACGAAGUUUUGAUGUCUGCCAUACAGGAGAUCGCAAGGACAGGGAUAGUUAGCUACAACUGGGCGAGCCUCGUCCAUCUAUUGGUUUUCCAGCUGAAGAAUAUUCUUGAAGAUAGCAGCGAGCAGUUCCCGGUUAUCCCUACGCCGGGCCUGGCAGGGGAAGCAACGUACCAGGAGAGCUGCAACCGGCUCUACAGCAUCCUCGCUCAGUUCCACGGGCCCCCCUUCACAGUCCAGCGACUUUGCGAGCUUCUACUCUCGCCUCACCGACAUCACAAGACGAAAUUGAAACUUUUAGCAGCCGUUGACAAGCUUCUGUCGGUCACAACCAUCGUGUCAGAGCAUGAGGUCUGA